AAUCUGGUCACACUCCAACAGGGCGGCGGCGCGGGGUGGUUGUGGCGUCUCGGUUUGAAUCUUGGACCAUGAAUAUUAGUGCUCCAGGCCUGCCAUCCUCCUGCAGGGCUCACUGACGACACAAUUACCGCUCCAGGCCACGUCAGAAGCCAGUGUCAGGCGUGAUCGUUCUUUGGUUGGUGUGACACCGUAUAUUGGCACCAUGGACAACUCAAUGGACCGCCACUUGAACACCUCAAAUCGCAAGCUCCUACAGAACUUCAGGGAGGUAAUGGAGCCAAAGGACACUCCUUCUCCCGUAAGAUAUCAGGCAGCUGCAAUGAAGAAAAGACCUCCUAAGGGGAGCUUGAACAGGAGCAAGCAGAAGAGCAGACCAUCUAUAGGUAGCAGAGGUGGAGAAAACCUGCGUACUGAAGUCCUUCAUCGCCGGUCAGAGCAAUCUUUCAUGGACCAAACCCUCAAUGUCAGUGUUAUACAAGGCAUCAACCAGACUUACGCCAACAUUGCAGCUCCAGACAGCAGCGAAUCCUCUUUUAACUCAAGCAUUGAUUUGGAAAAAGGAGCAAGGUUUCGCAAACAGAAAAAGGGAAAACUGGAGACUGCACCUCUUCCUGCUGAGAUGAAGAUGACCAGACCUGCCUUGAAAAAGAAAAAGAAAGUUGCUCAGUCAUCUAGUACCAGCAAGGAGGCAGGGCCUAGGCAGAAGUUUAUCACCCAUAACACUGUAGCUCAAGAUACACAGGAUGUUGAGGCACAGGAUAAAUCUAAAGGGUUCUCCACUGAGGCAGGUAUAGCAAAGAAGACACAGUCCAUGCCACCAGAAGCUACAUCUCCACAAGGAGCUGAGCAUUCACUACGUACAUCUGCCAAUAUGGAUGUUUCCUCCAUAAGUGCCUCAUCCAGAAGAUCUGAUGCAACAUAUGAUUUUACAGCUGAUUAUGAUGAGACACUUCCAAACAUAUUGGACACGAAGAGGAAGUUUCGUAGCAAGCUUUCUUCACGUAAACUAAACUUGCCCUCUCUUAUUGAAGCCUUGCAAGCAAAACAAUCAUCUGCUAGUCCAGUAACUGUUUCUGAUAUCUUAGACACAUUGAAUGCUCCAGAGGUGCAGGUAUCUUCCCCAGACAAGGGAUCUCAAGAACCCCUGGAAGCUUCAGAUGAGGAAUCAAAUGAGUCACACAGCCCAGCCACAAGUGGUGACGAUGAAGCCAUUCUUCCACCGCUGAGCUUCAGGGAUGAUGAGGCAAACAGAUCCACAAUUUUGCGUGACACAUUUUUCUCAGAUGUUGAUAACACUUCAAGGAUAAGGUUGCACCUUGAAGAAACUGAUGGUGACAUGAAUCAGAAUCCACUACCCAAAACACCGGCCCCACCGGAGGAUGAAGACAUGAUAGUGGAUCUACAGAAAAGUGCAUCAGCAGCCCAGGGCAAUGGCAUGAGCCAGGUUAUUGAUGCCAGCCCCAUCAAAACACCCCCUAGGCCAAGUCUGGGUCCGAUCACUGAGGUCACGCCCACCAAGUCGUCAUCCAGUGAUAUGGCUCAGGUCAACGAUCCUGCUACCAGCACAGGCUCACCCGCACAGUCAUCACUGAAAGAAAGUAAAGGUCAGUCCAUCGAUGACUCCUCACCCAGAAGUUUAGAAGAUGUGGGUCAGGUCACUGAUGCCAACACCAUAAGAACACCCAUCAGGUCAUCACCAAGAAGAAGUGUGGGUCAGGCGAGUGCCAAUAAGUUAUCAAGAAGUGUGGGUCAGGUCGCAGAUGCCAUCACCACCCCCAUCAGGUCAUCACCAAGGAGAAGUGUGGGUCAGACCAGUGCCAGUAAAUUAUCAAGAAGUAUGGGUCAGGUCACUGAUGUCAUCACCACUCCCAUCAGGUCAUCACCAAGGAGAAGUGUGGGUCAGGUCACAGAUGUCAUCACCACCCCCAUCAGGUCAUCACCAAGGAGAAGCGUGGGUCAGGCCAGUGCCAGUAGGUUAUCAAAAAAUCUGGGUCAGGUCACUGAUGUCAUUGCCACCCCCAUCAGGUCAUCACCAAGGAGAAGUGUGGGUCAGGUCAGUGCCAGUAAGUCAUCACGAAGAAGUGUGGGUCAGGUCAGUGCCAGUAAGUCAUCACGAAGAAGUGUGGGUCAGGUCAGUGCCAGUAAGUCAUCACGAAGAAGUGUGGGUCAGGUCACUGAUGUCACCACCACCAAAAUACCCAUCAGGUCAUCACCAAGUAGAAGUGUGGGUCAGGCCAGUGCCAGUAAGCCAUCACCAAGAAGUGUGGGUCAGGUCACUGAUGUCACCACCACCAAAACACCCACCAGGUCAUCACCAAGUAGAAGUGUGGGUCAGGUCACUGAUGUCACCACCACCAAAACACCCACCAGGUCAUCACCAAGUAGAAGUGUGGGUCAGGUCAGUGCUAGUAAGUCAUCACAGAGAAGUGUGGGUCAGGUCACUGAUGUCACAACUACCAAAACACCCACCAGGUCAUCACUGAGUGAAAGUGUGGGUCAGGUCACAAAUGUCACCACCACUAAAACACCCAUCAGGUCAUCACCAAGUAGAAGUGUGGGUCAGGUCACUGAUGUCACCACAACCAAAACACCCACCAGGUCAUCACCAAGGAAAAUUGUGGGUCAGGCCAGUGCCAAUAAGUCAUCACGAAGAAGUGUGGGUCAGGUCACUGAUGUCACCACUAAAACACCCACAAGGUCAUUACCAAGGAAAAUUGUGGGUCAUGCCAGUGCCAGUAAGUCAUCACGAAGAAGUGUGGGUUGGGUCACUGAUGUCACCGCCACCAAAACACCCACCAGGUCAUCAUUGAGUGGAAGUGUGGGUCAUGUCACAGAUGCCACCACCACCAGAACACCCAUCAGGUCAUCACCAAGGGGAAACAUGGGUCAGGCCAGUGCUAGUAAGUCAUCACAGAGAAGUGUGGGUCAGGUCACUGAUGUCACCACCACCAAAACACCCACCAGGUCAUCAUUGAGUGGAAGUGUGGGUCAGGUCACAGAUGCCACCACCACCAGAACACUCACCAGGUCAUCAUUGAGUGGAAGUGUGGGCCAGGUCACUGAUGUCACCACCACCAAAGCACCCACUGAGUCAUCACCAAGUGGAAGUGUGGGCCAGGUCACAGACGUCACCACCACCAAGACACCCACCAGGAUAUCACCAAGGCAGGGUUUAAAAAGGAACUUAGGCUCAGUGCUGGUGAGUCCUCAGAAGGGGAGUGUAGAAGACAACACAGUCAUGGAUGUCUCUUUAGGAAGAAGUAGAAAUGCUGAGGCAAGGCAUAGGGAUACCACACCCAUAAUAUCUGAAGCAACUCCUGCUGAGGAAGGUGAUGAGUCUGAGGAAGAGGAAAACCCAAAGAAAAGAACAAGAACCAGUCAAUCUUUGCCUGAGGAUGAUGAACAUUCUUCAUUUUCUGACUUUGAAAAUGAAUACUCCCUGAUUCCAAUAACUGCAAGAACACCACCUAGAUAUAGGAGGGAUAUUCAUGAGGGAUAUGAAGUGAGAGAUGAAGAGGUGGAAACAUCACCCCUCACCAUAGAGGCCUCACCUCCUCCUCCUCCUCCUCCAGAAACUCCAAUAAAAGAACAACCUUCAACUUCUGCUUCUACCGCCAAAGUAAGACAAAUGACUAUGAGAGAGUUUCUGGAACAACUGAAGAAAAAGCCAGUGCAGCCACCUCUCACCAGACCCACCCCAUUGCUGCCCUCCCUUCUUGGCACAGCUCCCAGCUCCAGCCAACUCAAACCCCGUGGUAGGCCAAAGGGGAAAACAAGACGUAAGAAGCAGCUGCCAGCCAGUGUUUCCAAGCGCCUCACCAAGGAGAUAUUCACUCAAUUUGCCAAGUGCAGAGUAUCUAAACGUGCCUUGGAUGAGGUGGUGAAAAUUACAGAAAUCUUCUGGGAAAACUUAGUUGAUGACGUGUGCGCCAUGCAAACUACCAAAAAGCAUCCAACAAAGUCAAUCCAGCCCGAGGAUGUGGAAAAGUUGAUGAAGCGACAAGGCUUGAUAACAUCCAAGGAGAGCCUUGAGGUUUUGGUGGAACAGUUGCUUCCCAUGGAAAUGUGGAGUUUCUUUAAGACUUUCCCUGAGCCUGCCCAUAAUCCAUUUCCCUCUUUCACCGGCCCAUUUUAUGAGACUUAAAGUUUGCUCACCAGGAUGAAAUUGACAAGCAAAGGAAGUGUGAUGGGCUGUGGAAGUGUUGUUUCAACAUUAAUUAUUCUAUGUAUAAGAGAAUUAUGGACAGAUAAGUUAUGAUGGAAGACCACUUAAUGUUUCUCUGUCUACAUACAGUUGCUUCAGAUUACAUGAAUGUAAAACAUCAAGGUAUAUUUUUCUGACAAACGUUUGUUUACUUCUCGUUAUCUCAUUAUAUAUUCUAGCUUAAUUGAUUGUAUGAUGUAAUUAUGAUGGAAAUGAUAUGAUAUUUGAUGGAAAUGGCAAAAUGACCAUAAUAUGAAUAUUUUCAUUCAGUCUGUCAUUAAAACUAGGUAGCUUCAUAUUACAGUCACAUUGUCUGGUUAGCUUCAUAAAUAUUCUGUAGGUAAUAUUUUUGUAGAAAAUUGUUAUUUACAGUGUAGGUCUCGAAAUGAGAGUAGAUGAAGGCAUAGGCUAGAAUUUUAUAUUUUUUCUACAGUAAAGGAAGCUCCACAAAAAAAAAGCUCAGUGUUACUUAUGUCGUUUGUCAUUUUUUCUCAUAACUGUUUGAAAUCUAACCCAGCACUCCUAUAUUUGUAUGUAACACAACUUUUCCAGUCAGUCUAUGAAUAAACUGCAAUGUCAUACACUCCCUUACUGAUUUGGUGCCAGUUUUUGUUGUUCAUUCAGUCAUUUCAAGAAAAGUGAUGCUCUACUCAUCCAACAUUUCAUACAUUUAUAGACUGGUAUUCACUGUUAUCUUUGCAUUAAUCUUAUACAAUAUAGCAUUUUAUAGUAAUCUUCUCACUGGU